GCACCGACGCAUGCGUUCUAGAAGCUCUAGUUGUCCCACAUUCAUAUUGUGCAGGCGGAGAACGGCAGUGUUCGCGCUGCGGUCGGAAGAAUGAUGAUCCCGAGAUGCUGUCGAUGGUUCGAUUUGACAAUCCAUGCCUCGGCCUUCACUCUCAUCUACAUCUACUCAUUUAGAAUUGGUCGAGGCGAUUUGUCUCCAAUCCGCCGCGCUUUUUGUACCCGGUCAUGGCUGCAGGCUGCACGCCUCUCAUUACGUCUCGCAGGAUUCAGCCAUGCAUGAGUCCUUCUGCAAUCUCUCCGAGGUACACAGAUGGCCAAUCAUGAACCAUGAGGUUCUCAGAAAGAGUUUUUGCUCCAUCAUUUGGGCACGUACAACUGUUUUUUCAAAAAUGCCACUGAGACUCCAAAUUUUACAGCGCACGUUCAGAGUCAAGGCAACAAAUUUCAAGGACUGAUAUGUCGCCUGCUCUGUUAUGAAAUCGCUAAGCGCAUCAUCACACUCUGCGAAACCAUGAGGUCAUGGCGCAAUACCAAUUUGAACUAUGAUCCGCCGUAUGCUCCUUCUGGUGGAUUUAUCCAAGGUUCCUCGCGUUCC